AUGGCGGCGGGGAUUCCGCGCGCAGGGAGAGUGAAAGGGUCUCAGCCGUCGCCGUGUCUGCCCGGCCGGCGUCCCGCCUCACCGCGCCCUCUGUCCUUUGCAGCGCGCGCGGCGCGGGAAGCCGCCAUGGAUGGGGACGGCCCCUUCAACGCCCGCGCCGAACCUACACCGCCGGCCGCCGCUGCCGCCGCAGGCGACUCGAGCCCGGGCGGGACGGGGUCUGGCGGCGGCGCGCGUCCGGGGGGCGGGCGGCCGGCGGCGGCGAACGCGGCGCGGGAGCGCAGCCGAGUGCAGACCCUGAGGCACGCCUUCCUGGAGCUGCAGCGCACGCUGCCGUCGGUGCCGCCCGACACCAAGCUGUCCAAGCUGGACGUGCUGCUUCUGGCCACCACCUACAUCGCGCACCUCACCCGGAGCCUGCAGGACGAUGCCGAGACGCCCGUGGACCCCGGGCUGGGCGCCCUUAGCGGCGACGGCUACCUGCACCCGGUCAAGAAAUGGCCCAUGCGAUCAAGAUUAUACAUUGGUGCUACUGGUCAGUUUCUGAAGCAUUCUGUCUCUGGAGAAAAAGCAAGUCAUGGCGAUACUUCAACUGACUCACAGCCUUAGACUCUCCUGGUGGGGGCUGGUAGGAAUGGUGGUGAUUGUUUUUACAUAGUAAUGAAGUAAUUCUAUAUUUAUUAUAUCAGACAUAACAUCAUUUCUCAAAGUUUAUAUGUGAAUGCAUAGUUGGAUGUUCAGAUUUGUCUGUCCAGUCUAAAUAAUUGUGGAAUGAAAUAUUCAGUCUUACAUAAAACGCAUAGCUUAUCCAAUAUGAGAAGUAGUCACCACUAUAUAUAGCAAAAUAAACUAUUGGGAAAAAAAGAGAUACACAAAAGCUUAGAAUUAUAUAUGUAUCCAAAGAAUUCAUAGAU